AUGACCAGCCUACCCUCCCAGCACCCCGCCAUCUCCAUGCACCUCACCGAUGUCUCACUCACGCCCCUCAUCAGCUCCUCGAGGUCCCAAUCCCACCUGGAGUCGCUCACGGCGCUCUCCAACACGGCCCUGGCGUCCCAAACCGCCUGCCAGCGAGUGAAGCUCGGCGCCCCGGAGCGCAUCAUGGUCGAAUACCCCGACCGCGGCCCCGUCAUUCUCCAGUCCUUCCUCGACCCCGCCGCCGUUCGAGUUCCUACACAGCGCCAUGAACGGUCCCGGCCCCCGACGGCCAAGGACGAGGGCGGUGCGAAUGGAGAGAGCCAGAAGGCUGGAGAAUGGGAGGGGGAAGUUGGAGAGGUAGACGACCGCCCAGCGAGCUCCGACGGCGACCUCCAGGCUGAGGAUGCUCCACCGGCCCUGGUCUCUAUCGUUGUCGCUGGCUCGGCCGAUCAAGCCCGAGAGGCAAGAAAGGCAGCCGCGAAACUCGAAAGAGUUGGGAGGGAUUUCCAGAGAGAAUGGGCGAGCGAAAACUCUUGA